AUGAACUUUUUUGAUAUUUUUUCUACUAGCUUUGCUACUGCAAAGGAAUUGUUUUUUAUACCAAAAGUCUCUAAUUUCUAUAUUAAUUAUUUUUCCAGUAAUAUGACUGAUUUGGCAGAAAACGCUAUUUCUAGGCGAAAAAUAAACAAAAUCACCCGCUCUGAGCAGCUUUUUGAUAAUUGGAGCUUAUGUGAAUUUUUGUCAGCUGUUUUCGCAAUUGCAGGAAUUGUUUCUGCAACACUGGAUUAUGAGUUUAACUAUUCUCUAGACCGAAACCAUUGAAAUUGUGCUGAGGGAACAGACGAUGAGCUUUUCCGUUAUAUUACUACAACUACUACAGCGAUGUCUCUGUUCUUUCUUAUACUAAGAGACCAAAAAAAGGCGUUGUGGGAUAAAUAUUUGCAUGAAGCUGAGGCUAGUUUAAAUGUGAUUAAGAGAAGGAAGCCACUGAAGAAAAAAAGUACGUUUAAUAUUGUCAGGAUUUUAGAAAUUAUUAUGCUUUUGGUUUUUCCUUAUCCUUUUAUGCAUGCAGGAAUUCCAAUGCCAUUCAGGUGGCAAUAUGAAACUUUGACCGUUUGCUAUAUACUAAUUUUCUUAAAAUAGCCUAUCCGUCUACAAACUAAAGCUAGCCUUAUUAUUUAUAGAAAAUAUUAUACUUUAUCCGAGAUAUUUUAUGUGAUUAUGUUUGGCAGGUUUAUCUUCUUAUUAAGAGCCUUAGCUAAUUUUGCCCCAUAUGAAGAUCAUUUAGCAAGACGAUAUUGUGAAAGAAAUAAUGUAAAAGCAAAUGUCAGGUUUUCCUUCAAGUGCAUAUUGAAGCAGCAUCCACUUUAUAUGGUUGCAUAUGUGAUAGGAAUUCCAACAAUUUUUAUAUUAGGAAGCUUAGUCAGAAUUUUUGAAAGACCAUUAAUUGAUUUAUCAGGACAAGAUUACCAAAAUCCUUUAAAUGCGCUGUGGCUUAUGUUUACAACAAUGGCAACUAUAGGCUAUGGUGAUUUUUAUCCUAUAAGUUUCUUUGGCAGAAUGAUCUGUGUGCUUGGAUUUUUACUCGGCGCCUUAAUUUUUUCAACCAUUAUUGUAGCAGUUGAUGGGCAAAUCACACUCAAUAAUAACCAAAGUAAAGCGUUUUUAAGCAUUUUAAAGACGACUGCAGCUGCAAAAACAAUCCAAAAAGGCAUGAACUAUUAUGUAUCUAAAAGAAAAAGAGGCCCAGACCACCCACACACAAUUAUUGCUUAUCUUCAUCUCAGGCAGCAAUUACUUGCAUUUAAACGAAAAAAAGAAAAAUUAACUGAGCUGAAUACAUAUAGAGAGCAAGCAAUUUUGGACAUCAAUACGUCAGUAAAAAACCUAGAACAAAGAAUGAACAGAAUGUAUAAACAAAUGGAAAAUUUAGCACAAAUGAUAGAUCUGCCGAAAGAGGCGUAA